CAUGCCCCCUGCUGACUGCUCCUGUGGCUCCUCCCACAGGCCCCUGUAUAAAGGCGAUCUGAGGCCUGACGCUCGGCCUCAGUCUCCAGGACAUAGUAUGAUGGACACUCACUCCUGGUUCCUUCUUCCAGUCAAUAAAAGCCGAUAUCUCGCCUUACGUCUCAGUGUGAGUUAUUGAUGGUGCAUCAAUUUUAUUGACUGGAAGUUUUAAAACAUGGAAACCGUUUUGCGUCCAGAAAGGUUGGAUUUGGACCCUCAAGACCCUGAAGCAGCUCUCGCUUUUGAACACUGGCUUGCAUGCUUCCAAUCAUACUUGGAGGAGGUUCGUGCAACUGAACCCGCCGUUAUGCACAGAAUCCUACUCUCGAGGGUAGCCCCCAAAGUUUACUCCAUUAUCCGGGACCUGCCGACCUACGAUGGGGCACUGGACGCCCUCAAAAGACAGUACCUGCGGCCGGUGAACACCGUCUAUGCAAGACAACGUUUAGCUACCCGGCAACAGCGGCCUGGCGAAUCGUGCGCUGAGUUUCUCCGAGCACUACAGACACUCGUCCGACCUUGUGACUGCAAGACGCUCACGGCAGAACAGCAUGCGGAGCUGCUGGUGCAAGACACUUUUGUGACGGGACUGAGGUCAGUGUACAUGCGCCAGCGGCUGGUGGCGACUAAAAGCAGGAGGUACAGUGCGGGGGACAGGGCCUUCAUUCAGUCGGAGGUGCAGCGGCUGCUCAGGGAGGGGAUCAUUGAGCCAAGCUCAAGCCCUUGGAGGGCCCAGGUGGUUGUUGUUCGGACUGGGCAGAAAAAUAGGAUGAUGGUGGACUAUAGUCAAACCAUCAAUAGGUUUACUCAGCUUGACGCGUACCCCCUACCCCGCAUCACGGAUAUGGUCAACCAGAUUGCUCAGUACAAGGUGUACUCGACAAUAGAUCUGAAAUCCGCUUAUCACCAGCUCCCCAUCUGCCCAGAGGACUGCCCCUACACCGCCUUCGAGGCGGGCGGCAGGCUCUAUCACUUCCUGCGCGUCCCUUUCGGUGUCACGAAUGGUGUCUCUGUCUUCCAGAGGGAAAUGGACCAGAUGGUGGACCAGUACCAACUGCAGGCCACAUUUCCCUAUCUGGAUAACAUCACCAUCUGUGGACACGACAGGCCAUAUCACGACGCCAACCUCCAACGAUUUCUCCAAGUGGCCGCAGCUCUGAACCUUACUUAUAACAGGGACAAGUGUGUGUUUGGAACCACCCGCCUUGCUAUACUUGGGUAUGUCGUGGAAAACGGGGUUAUUGGCCCUGAUCCCGAACGUAUGCGCCCCCUGUUAGAACUCCCUCUUCCCACCACUCUCAAGGCCCUCAGACGGUGCCUGGGUUUUUUUUCCUAUUACGCCCAAUGGGUCCCCCAUUACGCAGACAAGGCACACCCCCUGGUCAAGUCUACCUCGUUUCCCCUCUCUGCUGAGGCCCGCGCGGCCUUCAGCUGCAUUAAAGAGGACAUUGCCAAAGCUACGAUGCAUGCGGUGGAUGAGACCGCUCCCUUCCAAGUGGAGUGUGAUGCCUCCGAUUUUGCUCUGGCUGCUACCCUCAAUCAGGAAGGCAGACCAGUAGCAUUCUUUUCUCACACCCUCCAAGGCUCCGAAAUUCGGCACUCCGCGGUGGAGAAAGAAGCCCAGGCCAUAGUGGAGGCUGUUAGGCACUGGAGGCACUAUCUUGCUGGCAAAAGGUUCACCUUGCUGACCGACCAGCGCUCGGUUGCGUUCCUGUUCAGCAACCAACAGCGGGGCAAAAUCAAAAAUGAUAAGAUUUUGCGGUGGAGAAUAGAACUCUCCACCUACACCUAUGAUAUCCUGUACCGGCCUGGCAGACUCAAUGAGCCCCCUGAUGCCCUAUCCCGGGGAACAUGUGCUAGCACAUAGUUCGACCAGCUGUACACCCUUCAUGCACAACUUUGCCAUCCGGGGGUCACCCGAUUUUACCAUUUUGUGAAAGCUCGGAACCUGCCAUACUCCCUGGAGGACAUCAGGACGAUGACCAGGGACUGCCAAAUUUGCGCUGAGUGCAAACCGCACUUCUACCGUCCUGACACGGCACAACUUGUCAAGGCCACCCGCCCUUUUGAACGACUGAGUGUUGACUUUAAGGGCCCCCUUCCCUCCACUGACCGCAAUGUCUAUUUUCUCAGUGUUAUCGACGAGUACUCACGGUUCCCCUUUGCCAUCCCCUGCCCCAACACCACUGCCACGUCCGUCAUAAAAGCCCUGCGCCAGCUCUUCACUCUGUUCGGGUAUCCCUGCUAUAUCCACAGCGAUAGAGGGUCCUCCUUUAUGAGUGAGGAGCUGCGCCAGUACUUGCUAGCUAGGGGCAUUGCUACCAGUCGGACCACGAGUUAUAAUCCCCGGGGUAAUGGCCAGGUGGAGCGGGAGAAUGCCACAGUGUGGAAGGCCACACUUUUAGCCCUUAAGUCAAAAGGGUUGCCAGUCUCUCGAUGGCAGGAGGUCCUCCCUGAGGCACUGCACUCUAUCCGCUCUCUGUUAUGUACAUCCACCAAUGCCACCCCUCACGAACGCCUAUUCUCUUUUCCCAGGAAGUCUGUCACUGGGACCACCCUACCAGUUUGGCUGAUGUCCCCGGGGCCAGUGCUGCUCCGGAAACAUGUGAGGAGCAAUAAAUUCCCGCUGGUAGAGAGGGUUCACCUUCUACAUGCGAACCCCCAGUAUGCUUACGUGGUCUUACCUGAUGGGCGGGAGGACACGGUCUCCAUCCGCGACCUGGCCAUCGGUGCUGUGGCUUACUUGAAAGUAGUCGGGAGGGAUGGUCAAGUUGAAGUAGGAUUUGUAACUGGUCAGGCGAAGCUCACUCCCCAGUCCGAGCCAACAAUUCCAAGGCUUGAACUGUGCGCAGCUGUCCUGGCUGUGGAAAUGGCAGAGUUUAUCCAGGACGAGCUAGACCUGGAGUUCGACAAUGUCAAGUUCUACAUGGAUAGCAAAGUAGUGCUUGGUUAUAGUUAUAACGAAUCAAAACGUUUCUACGUGUACGUUCAUAAUAGAGUUCAACGUAUCCACCUGUCAUCAAAGCCCGAACAAUGGCAUCAUGUACGUACCGAGGAUAAUCCUGCAGACCAUGCAUCGAGAUCCUCACCUGCAUCCCGUCUGGCUCAGACAUCCUGGUGCACCGGAACCCCCUUCCUGUAUCAGCCACCAACGGAAAAAACUCAAACGAGCGAGACAUUUGAGCUGAUCGAACCCAAAAGAGACUCGGAAAUUCGGCCGCAAAUACAAACAGGAGCCAUCUACCUCAAAGAAUCCAUACGUAUUAACGAACGCCUUUGA